AUGUUUCUUCACCGUAGUUCUCGAGCAAUUCGUCAUCAAUGGCGACUAUGCCGGAGUCUACAUCGUACCCCGGAAUCCCAAGUCCGCGCCGCUCUAAUAAGAGGCUUCCACACAAGCAGAAAUCUACAAGUCGUGAAACCCGUCCUUCUUGCUGACAUUGGCGAAGGUAUCGUGGAGUGCGAAAUCAUACAAUGGUUUGUCGAACCCAAUGCCCGAGUCGAGGAGUUCUCACCCUUGUGCGAGGUCCAGAGCGACAAAGCCUCGGUCGAGAUCACAAGCCGCUUCUCGGGUGUUGUGAAGAAGCUCUACUACGAGGCCGGCGAAAUGGCAAGAGUAGGAAAGCCGUUCGUGGAUAUUGAUAUACAAGGCGGCGCGAGCCAGGAAGCCUUAGACGCUCUCACCCCUCCUGAGCCAUCAAAAGAAGACGUCGCGGAGCCAUUGAACAAGGAGUCGCUAAGCAGGCCUCCUCAAAAUCAAGAUAUUAUAGAUGAAACAGUCGAGCCCAAGUCCCAGCCGACCCCGGUAAAGAAGGGGAAGUAUGCAUCCCUAGCAACACCAGCGGUUCGACAUUUGUUAAAGGAAUUAAAUAUUGAUAUUACGGAGAUCGAAGGAACAGGGAAGGACGGCAGAGUUCUUAAAGAAGAUAUCUAUAGAUUUGUUGAAAAGAGAGAUUCGCCCUCACAGCUGCAACCGGCUGAACCGACGAAUCUAUUCCCGAGCGCACCACUGGAUGCAGAGAAACAAACUGAGACCACCGUACAGUUAACAAAUACGCAACAACAAAUGUUUAAAACCAUGAAACGAUCUUUAGCUAUACCGCAUUUUCUCUAUGCGGACGAGAUCGACUUCUCUGAGCUGGUCGAGCUGCGAAGGCGGCUUAACAAAGUCGUCUCGGAAUCUGCCACCGACGGUCAACUAGUAAAAUUAACCUAUUUACCUUUUAUUGUAAAAGCGGUCUCCAUAGCGUUACAUCAAUACCCUAUACUUAACGCCCGCGUCGACGUGGACCCCGAGACGUCGAAACCGAGGCUAGUUCACCGCAGUCAGCACAACAUCGGCGUCGCUAUGGACACCCCCUCGGGGCUUAUAGUCCCCGUAAUCAAGAAUGUUGGGGCGAAGAGCGUCCUCUCUAUAGCUGCAGAAUUAUCACGCCUGCAGUCGCUAGCUACGACGGGCAAGCUAUCGCCGCAAGACCUAAGCGGAGGCACUAUUACCGUUUCCAACAUAGGCAACAUCGGCGGGACCUACCUCUCGCCAGUCAUCGUCGAGAAGGAGGUGGCCAUUCUGGGCGUAGGACGCAUGCGGACCGUCCCGGCUUUCGACGACCAGGACAACAUCGUCAAGAAGCAGGUCUGCAACUUUAGCUGGUGCGCCGAUCACCGAGUCGUGGAUGGAGCGACGAUGGCGAGAGCUGCUGGGGUCGUGCGAAAGAUCGUAGAGGAACCGGAUGUCAUGGUUCUGCACCUGCGAUAG